GUAAAUGCACCAGUAACCGACCAUGCACCAGUUACCGACCACUCUUUAAACAAAUAUUAAAACUAAGAAAAUCUUAGAACGUUCAGAAAUUAUUGCACCGCCCUCGUAUACUAUGUGGCCUUAGGUAUGUAGGGAAAUUUCGUUGACUUAUCCAAAGCGAGUUUAAAGGAAGUGGGAAUUUUAGUGUAUUGGCAACACUGCCAAUAGGUUAAAUCAGUGAGCUUGUAACUAGAUGCACAUGAAGGUAAGCAAUUUUUAUCUAAUUACAUCGAAUGUUUUUUUUACUUUUUUAAUGUUGAAAUAUGAUAUUACUCAUUAUAAAAGUGUAAUAAAUACAGUUAACUUGUUAUUUUUCUAAAUAUCUGUAACUAAGUGAUUAAUUUAUGGUGGUCGGUUUAUGGUUCACCAUUGUAAAACUUUUCCAUUAGACGACCAGCUGGUCGCUUUCUGGUUUGGGUUUGUAUCCACGGAUGAUUUGUUAAAUAAGCUGUUGCUAGUAGUACGAAUAGGGGACUUUAAUUUUUAUACGUAUAUCUAAUUUCUGUCCAAUAAACGACCAGUGGUCGGCUACUGGAUCAAAAUGGUGGUCAUAAAUUGGUACCGUAAUCAAACUAUUUGUUUUAGAUGCCUAAAAAUUAUUCUAAAGACGAUUUGGUCAAUUCUAUAUUAAUGAAGUUCGUGAUGGAGCAAAAUACGGGAAACUGAGAGGAAGUAUAACAUUCCCCAUGCCACAUUUAUGGACAAAUUAAAAGAAAAAACAUCUUUGGAUGCUAGAAAGGGUCCUCCAACUAUUCUAACUUCAGAUGAAGAAAACCUCCUAGUUUGUUGAUUGAAGGGCAUGGCCAAAAAAGGAAUACCGGUUGAACCAAGAAAACUAAUUGAUGCUGUUCAAGCAAGACUUAAUAAAAAAAAAGAUCGACGAAAAAGUCCAUUUACUCAAGGAAAUGGACUACCUGGAAAAAACUGGCUAGAUCUUUUUUAAACGACAUCCAAGUAUUUCACUGCGUAAACCUGAACCUCUUGGUUUAGCAAGAGGGUUGGUAACUGAACGUGCAAUUCGUGAAUGGCAUCAUAACUUUUAAACUUAUAUAAUAGAAGAAACUGGAAAUAGCAAUCUGCUAAAAGAUCCUUCCAGAAUUCUCAAUAGGGAUGAAUCUUGUUUUCGAACUAACCCAGGAACCUCUUUAGUUAUAGGUCCCAAAGGAUUUAAAGAUCUAUAUCAGGUUCGAAGUAAUGAUAAGGAAUGUAUUAUUAUUAUGGUAAUGGUAACAUUUACAGCUAGUGGAAAUAUGGCACCUCCCUGCAUCAUUUAUCCCUAUGAAAGGAUACCGACAGAAAUUAACAGAAACGUAAGUCCUAGCUGGUCAUUAGGCAGGUCUAAGUACAUACAUACUGGAAGAAAAAAGAUGAAGAAAAAAUACAAAAACAACAAAAGAAAAAAGAAAGAUUUGAAAAGAAAACCGAAAAAGAAGAGUUACAAAAAAACAGGCAGCAAUACAAGUAACGGAUCAUCUGAAGAGGAAGAUGAAUUUGUGGACACACAGGACGAUUCAUUGGACGAUGCAGAAUUUUCCGACCUUCUACAAUCGAGACCUUCCACUCCACACCUAGAAGAACUUCUUAAAGAUGCUGAAGAAAGAAACUUUGCUUUGGUAAAAUUUCCUACAGAAGAUGGAGGCAAAGAAGCAUAUUAUAUAGGUCAUGUUGUAAAAAUAAAGGAGAACGAAGAAAUUUCUCGUUUAAGACAAAGUCAGAAAUGUGAAAACAAAUUCUUUUUCCCCAAUGUUCCUGAUAAAGCUGUAAUUGAAAAAGGUCAACUUGUAUAUUAAAACCAACUCUGGUAAGUGGUACGAAGCGUCAACAGUCAACUGCUACAUUUGAAGUAAACCUAAAGAACUAUCUAUAAUGUUCGGUAAAAUAGUAUAUAGGUACAGUGUAUAAUUGACAACAAUUCUGUAAUGAAUUAUUUUAUAAAUUUUUUACUCUAAAUAAAUGUUUAAAGAAUAAAAGGUCUUUUUUAAAUGCAAUUUUCGCGUGGUCGAAUAUUGGUGCAUAAGUGGUCGAAAACUGGAAAAAGUGGUCGGUUAUUGGUGAAUUUGUCAAAUAAUUUUUAAUAAUUAAAAAACAUAGGUUACGUCAAAGAUACGUUGUAAUAUUAAAUGUAUUUUUAAAGUACAUAAUAAAUACUAAUAUAUGCUAGAAGUUUUACAUCCAAAAACUAAUUUUUCAAUUUAAUAAUAAUUUUUUAAUUUCAAAAAUCCUAAUUUGGUCGGAAAUUGGUACAUUC